CUGAAGGCUGCUGAGAGUACAAUUUUAUUGAAAUCUUAAAAUUGCAAUCGUUCCGAGUUGACAACCAUGUCAGGCAAAGUUGAAGAUAAGAAAGGGAAUCCCAUUGAAGUUGGUGACACAGUCUUCACCAAAAUCCGCGGUGGGAAGCGGGAAGGAGAGGUUGAUAAAAUAGUCAUGACCGAGAAAGAAGCAAAAAACGAGGUAGUGAAGAAUCCUCCAAAGGUGCUAUUCAAAGACCAGCACGGCCACUAUGUUGCGCACAACCCAGGGACACUUGAGGUUGUGGAAGGGAAUGAGGGCAAAUGAAUAGAC